GUUGGCAAUACUGUUUAUUGACACGCUCCUAGGCGCUCAUAGGAUAUGAUUAGUUCUUGUAAGGUUUGUGAAUAAAGGCGUGGUUUUCAUGGUACUGUUGUGAAAGAAAUACUUUACUUUUUGAAUUACAUUUCAUACCGAAAGGAUUUUGUGACAUUAAGAUGGCUGGAAGAUUACCUGCGUGUGUAAUUGAUGUGGGAACUGGAUAUACCAAGUUGGGAUUUGCAGCAAAUAAGGAGCCUCAGUUUAUCAUUCCAUCAGCUAUUGCCAUUAAGGAGUCUGCAAAAGUUGGAGAUCAAGCAAUACGCAGGUUGACCAAAGGUGUUGAAGACUUGGAUUUCUUUAUAGGAGACGAGGCAUUCGAUGCUACUGGCUAUGCAGUUAAAUAUCCUGUGCGACAUGGUUUGGUUGAAGACUGGGACCUCAUGGAACGGUUUCUCGAGCAAUGUAUCUUCAAGUAUCUUCGUGCAGAACCAGAAGAUCACUAUUUCUUGCUUACAGAACCACCUCUCAACACCCCAGAGAACCGUGAAUACACUGCAGAAAUAAUGUUUGAGUCAUUCAAUGUUCCUGGUCUGUAUAUUGCUGUGCAGGCAGUUCUGGCUUUGGCUGCUUCUUGGGCAUCUCGAUCAGUGAGUGAACGCACUCUCACAGGAAUAGUUGUCGACAGUGGAGAUGGAGUGACUCAUGUUAUCCCUGUAGCUGAAGGUUAUGUGAUUGGCAGUUGCAUCAAGCAUAUUCCCAUAGCGGGCCGCAACAUAACCUAUUUCAUCCAGUCACUUCUAAGAGAACGUGAGAUUGGUAUUCCCCCAGAACAAUCCCUGGAAACAGCCAAAGCUAUCAAAGAAAGAUUUUGUUACAUAUGUCCAGAUAUUGCAAAAGAGUUUGCAAAGUAUGAUUCUGAUUCUUCCAAGUGGAUGAAGAAAUAUGAGGGUAUUAACUCCGUCACCAAGACACCAUUUGUAGUGGACGUUGGUUAUGAGCGAUUUUUGGGACCAGAAAUUUUCUUUCACCCAGAGUUCUCAAAUCCAGAUUUCACUACUCCUCUCUCAGAGAUUGUGGACACGGUGAUUCAGAAUUGUCCCAUUGAUGUUAGGAGGCCCCUGUACAACAAUAUUGUACUGUCUGGUGGAUCUACAAUGUUCAGGGACUUUGGACGUCGCCUACAGAGAGAUAUCAAAAGGACUGUAGAUGCACGUCUGCGUCUUAGUGAGACUUUGAGUGGUGGUAGAAUCAAGCCAAAGCCUAUAGAUGUUCAAGUUAUCUCUCAUCACAUGCAACGAUAUGCUGUGUGGUUUGGAGGGAGCAUGUUUGCCUCCACGCCUGAAUUUUACCAGGUCUGCCACACAAAAGCAGCGUAUGAGGAGUAUGGGCCCAGCAUAUGCCGACACAAUCCAGUAUUUGGUACCAUGACGUAAACAUGAGCUGAAUAUUAAAAACAAGAAUUACAGGUUUCUGAAGUAGUCUGUUACAAGGCCUCUUUGGACGUAAAUGUGUGACCGCUGUCACAUAACAUCUGCUUAAGAAAUCGUCAAAAUACUGAUAUGAAUUAUGUCAUUGUUUGCAGGAAAUUUUUUUAUUUUGCCUCAGACAUGUUAGGCAAGUAGGACAAGAAUGUGAACUCUAAUUAUUUCCUCUAUAAUAAAUGAAGAGAAAUAAAUUGAGUAAAUUCCCAUGUCUAGAUUACAGAUUUGAAAUUUACGAUGUAUAUUUUAAAAUUAGAUGCUUUAAAAGUGGAUUUCCAUCAGUUCAUAACAAGGUUUUUUUCUGUCAGUGUUCAUAUAAUAAACAAAGCAGAUAGUUGUUUUUUGAACUUCAAGAAUAACAAAUGCAGUAAUAAGGUACAGUGGAACCUCGCUUAACGAGCAUAAUUUGUUCGAGAAUCUUACUCGUAAUGCGAAAUACUUGUUAAGCUAAA